UUCACGGUAUUGAGGGUGUGACAGUCAGUAAACGGUGUUGGAUGUGGGUUUUGAGUCUCCCUGCAACGUACAAUACUACACUUGUCAACCAGAACAGUAAGGAGAAGCAAGACAUGACAUGAUUGAUGAUUGAUGUCAACUGCUUUUGAACAAACCUGCAACAAUUUGGACAUCAGCACUUCAGUGAUCAACGUGCUAAUGAUCAUAGGAAGAGCAGUGUGGCCAAUAAAGGAAUGGCAAUAACAAAGAAUGGGCUGAGUGUCCUUGUUCUCCUGGUGACAUGCUCUGUUUUGGAAACACGGGAAUUCAUUGAGAUUUCCAGCCUUUUUUCACAGGCAUUCAACACAGAGUACAACCCACAUCUGUCACAUGUUAGGGAAAAAAGAGCAGUAUUAUCCAAUCGAUGGAACUACAUAAUUGAUGUUGAAGUGAACGUGUCAGACAUCAAAACAAUAGAGCAAAUUAAGUCAGCUGUGAAUUCAACAAGUCUUCCCCUCACUAUCAACAACUCCACUGAAAUCUCUGACGUACACAUCACUACUGUGUGCUACCCAAAUGGUACUGGAUUCCAGUGCAGAUGUGAGGACCAGUAUCGUUGGUCAUAUAACAACUGUGUCACAUAUGGAUCCUGUGAUGACAUCACUGGUGACACAUGUGGAUGUAUCAAUGCCAAUCCAGCUGAUGGACAGUACUGCCAGCCAUACACAAAACCUGUAACUCUUCUGGAGUACUUUGUGGAAGUUGAGGUCAAUGUCAAUGACUUAAAAGCCAUAGACGAACCGAAGAACCUUCUGAAAAACCUCAGUUUACCAUUCGCACUUAGUAGCAUGAUCAACAUCACUGAUCUCAACAUUACUACAGUUUGCUACCCAAAUGGUACUGGAUUCCAGUGCAGAUGUGAGGACCAGUAUCGUUGGUCGUGUAACAAUUGCGCCAUCUAUGGGGCAUGUGAAGAAAAUACAGAUAAACCCUGUAGCUGUAUUAAUGCAAUUCCUUCUGAUGGAGAGUACUGCCAGUCGGUUCAAAACCCAAACUUUACAGCAUGUCCAACAACAACAGCCUCUCCUACAACAGUUCCAACAGUACCACCGACUCUCAAUGAGUACAUGAUUGAAAUUGAACUGAACACCACAGACGUUACGGUGAUAGAUCAACUGAGAGCCAUUCUGAGAAAUGCUAUUUACCCUGUCAGAAUCAACAAUCUGACACAAAUCACUGGUGUUAACAUGUCUACAGUUUGCUUCCCAAAUGGUACUGGAUUCCAGUGCAGAUGUGAGGACCAGUAUCGUUGGUCAUGUGACCAGUGUGUCUCUUUUGGGAAUUGUGAUGACAUCACAUCUGACACAUGUGGAUGUAUCAAUGCCAUUCCUCCAGAUGGACAGUACUGCCAGUCAGUUCACCACCAAAACUUUACAGCAUGUCCAACAACAACAGCCUCUCCUACAACAGUUCCAACAGUACCACAGACUCUCUAUGAGUACAUGAUUGAAAUUGAACUGAACACCACAGACGUUACGGUGAUAGAUCAACUGAGAGCCAUUCUGAGAAAUGCUAUUUACCCUGUCAGAAUCAAUAAUCUGACACAAAUCACUGGUGUUAACAUGUCUACAGUUUGCUUCCCAAAUGGUACUGGAUUCCAGUGCAGAUGUGAGGACCAGUAUCGUUGGUCAUGUGACCAGUGUGUCUCUUAUGGGAAUUGUGAUGACAUCACAUCUGAAACGUGUGGAUGUAUCAAUGCCAUUCCUCCAGAUGGACAGUACUGCCAGUCGGUUCACCACCAAAACUUUACGGCAUGUCCAACAACAACAGCCUCUCCUACAACAGUUCCAACAGUACCACUGACUCUCUAUGAGUACAUGAUUGAAAUUGAACUGAACACCACAGACGUUACAGUGAUAGAUCAACUGAGAGCCAUUCUGAGAAAUGCUAUUUACCCUGUCAGAAUCAAUAAUCUGACACAAAUCACUGGUGUUAACAUGUCUACAGUUUGCUUCCCAAAUGGUACUGGAUUCCAGUGCAGAUGUGAGGACCAGUAUCGUUGGUCAUGUGACCAGUGUGUCUCUUUUGGGAAUUGUGAUGACAUCACAUCUGACACGUGUGGAUGUAUCAAUGCCAUUCCUCCAGAUGGACAGUACUGCCAGUCAGUUCACCACCAAAACUUUACAGCAUGUCCAACAACAACAGCCUCUCCUACAACAGUUCCAACAGUACCACCGACUCUCUAUGAGUACAUGAUUGAAAUUGAACUGAACACCACAGACGUUACGGUGAUAGAUCAACUGAGAGCCAUUCUGAGAAAUGCUAUUUACCCUGUCAGAAUCAACAAUCUGACACAAAUCACUGGUGUUAACAUGUCUACAGUUUGCUUCCCAAAUGGUACUGGAUUCCAGUGCAGAUGUGAGGACCAGUAUCGUUGGUCAUGUGACCAGUGUGUCUCUUAUGGGAAUUGUGAUGACAUCACAUCUGAAACGUGUGGAUGUAUCAAUGCCAUUCCUUCAGAUGGACAGUACUGCCAGUCGGUUCACCACCAAAACUUUACGGCAUGUCCAACAACAACAGCCUCUCCUACAACAGUUCCAACAGUACCACUGACUCUCUAUGAGUACAUGAUUGAAAUUGAACUGAACACCACAGACGUUACAGUGAUAGAUCAACUGAGAGCCAUUCUGAGAAAUGCUAUUUACCCUGUCAGAAUCAAUAAUCUGACACAAAUCACUGGUGUUAACAUGUCUACAGUUUGCUUCCCAAAUGGUACUGGAUUCCAGUGCAGAUGUGAGGACCAGUAUCGUUGGUCAUGUGACCAGUGUGUCUCUUUUGGGAAUUGUGAUGACAUCACAUCUGACACGUGUGGAUGUAUCAAUGCCAUUCCUCCAGAUGGACAGUACUGCCAGUCAGUUCACCACCAAAACUUUACAGCAUGUCCAACAACAACAGCCUCUCCUACAACAGUUCCAACAGUACCACCGACUCUCUAUGAGUACAUGAUUGAAAUUGAACUGAACACCACAGACGUUACGGUGAUAGAUCAACUGAGAGCCAUUCUGAGAAAUGCUAUUUACCCUGUCAGAAUCAACAAUCUGACACAAAUCACUGGUGUUAACAUGUCUACAGUUUGCUUCCCAAAUGGUACUGUAUUCCAGUGCAGAUGUGAGGACCAGUAUCGUUGGUCAUGUGACCAGUGUGUCUCUUAUGGGAAUUGUGAUGACAUCACAUCUGAAACGUGUGGAUGUAUCAAUGCCAUUCCUUCAGAUGGACAGUACUGCCAGUCGGUUCACCACCAAAACUUUACGGCAUGUCCAACAACAACAGCCUCUCCUACAACAGUUCCAACAGUACCACUGACUCUCUAUGAGUACAUGAUUGAAAUUGAACUGAACACCACAGACGUUACAGUGAUAGAUCAACUGAGAGCCAUUCUGAGAAAUGCUAUUUACCCUGUCAGAAUCAAUAAUCUGACACAAAUCACUGGUGUUAACAUGUCUACAGUUUGCUUCCCAAAUGGUACUGGAUUCCAGUGCAGAUGUGAGGACCAGUAUCGUUGGUCAUGUGACCAGUGUGUCUCUUAUGGGAAUUGUGAUGACAUCACAUCUGAAACGUGUGGAUGUAUCAAUGCCAUUCCUCCAGAUGGACAGUACUGCCAGUCGGUUCACCACCACAACUUCACAGCAUGUCCAACAACAACAGCCUCUCCUACAACAGACUCUACAACACCUGAGGCCAGCACUACAGAACAAAUAACUACAGUUGAUAACACAACACAACUGAUCACAGUUACCAACUCUACAACACCUGAGGCCAGCACUACAGAACAAAUAACUACAGUUGAUAACACAACACAACUGAUCACAGUUACCAUUCCAACAGUACCACUGACUCUCUAUGAGUACAUGAUUGAAAUUGAACUGAACACCACAGACGUUACGGUGAUAGAUCAACUGAGAGCCAUUCUGAGAAAUGCUAUUUACCCUGUCAGAAUCAAUAAUCUGACACAAAUCACUGGUGUUAACAUGUCUACAGUUUGCUUCCCAAAUGGUACUGGAUUCCAGUGCAGAUGUGAGGACCAGUAUCGUUGGUCAUGUGACCAGUGUGUCUCUUAUGGGAAUUGUGAUGACAUCAAUUCUGAAACGUGUGGAUGUAUCAAUGCCAUUCCUCCAGAUGGACAGUACUGCCAGUCAGUUCACCACCAAAACUUUACAGCAUGUCCAACAACAACAACCUCUCCUACAUCAGACUCUACAACACCUGAGGCCAGCACUACAGAACAAAUUACUACAGUUGAUAACACAACACAACUGAUCACAGUUACCAACUCUACAACACCUGAGGCCAGCACUACAGAACAAAUUACUACAGUUGAUAACACAACACAACUGAUCACAGUUACCAACUCUACAACACCUGAGGCCAGCACUACAGAACAAAUAACUACAGUUGAUAACACAACACAACUGAUCACAGUUACCAACUCUACAACACCUGAGGCCAGCACUACAGAACAAAUUACUACAGUUGAUAACACAACACAACUGAUCACAGUUACCAACUCUACAACACCUGAGGCCAGCACUACAGAACAAAUAACUACAGUUGAUAACACAACACAACUGACCACAGUUAUCAACUCUACAACACCUGAGGCCAGCACUACAGAACAAAUAACUACAGUUGAUAACACAACACAACUGAUCACAGUUACCAACUCUACAACACCUGAGGCCAGCACUACAGAACAAAUAACUACAGUUGAUAACACAACACAACUGAUCACAGUUACCAUUCCAACAGUACCACUGACUCUCUAUGAGUACAUGAUUGAAAUUGAACUGAACACCACAGACGUUACAGUGAUAGAUCAACUGAGAGCCAUUCUGAGAAAUGCUAUUUACCCUGUCAGAAUCAAUAAUCUGACACAAAUCACUGGUGUUAACAUGUCUACAGUUUGCUUCCCAAAUGGUACUGGAUUCCAGUGCAGAUGUGAGGACCAGUAUCGUUGGUCAUGUGACCAGUGUGUCUCUUAUGGGAAUUGUGAUGACAUCACAUCUGAAACGUGUGGAUGUAUCAAUGCCAUUCCUCCAGAUGGACAGUACUGCCAGUCAGUUCACCACCACAACUUCACAGCAUGUCCAACAACAACAGCCUCUCCUACAACAGACUCUACAACACCUGAGGCCAGCACUACAGAACAAAUUACUACAGUUGAUAACACAACACAACUGAUCACAGUUACCAACUCUACAACACCUGAGGCCAGCACUACAGAACAAAUAACUACAGUUGAUAACACAACACAACUGACCACAGUUAUCAACUCUACAACACCUGAGGCCAGCACUACAGAACAAAUAACUACAGUUGAUAACACAACACAACUGAUCACAGUUACCAACUCUACAACACCUGAGGCCAGCACUACAGAACAAAUAACUACAGUUGAUAACACAACACAACUGAUCACAGUUACCAUUCCAACAGUACCACUGACUCUCUAUGAGUACAUGAUUGAAAUUGAACUGAACACCACAGACGUUACAGUGAUAGAUCAACUGAGAGCCAUUCUGAGAAAUGCUAUUUACCCUGUCAGAAUCAAUAAUCUGACACAAAUCACUGGUGUUAACAUGUCUACAGUUUGCUUCCCAAAUGGUACUGGAUUCCAGUGCAGAUGUGAGGACCAGUAUCGUUGGUCAUGUGACCAGUGUGUCUCUUAUGGGAAUUGUGAUGACAUCACAUCUGAAACGUGUGGAUGUAUCAAUGCCAUUCCUCCAGAUGGACAGUACUGCCAGUCAGUUCACCACCACAACUUCACAGCAUGUCCAACAACAACAGCCUCUCCUACAACAGACUCUACAACACCUGAGGCCAGCACUACAGAACAAAUUACUACAGUUGAUAACACAACACAACUGAUCACAGUUACCAACUCUACAACACCUGAGGCCAGCACUACAGAACAAAUAACUACAGUUGAUAACACAACACAACUGACCACAGUUAUCAACUCUACAACACCUGAGGCCAGCACUACAGAACAAAUAACUACAGUUGAUAACACAACACAACUGAUCACAGUUACCAACUCUACAACACCUGAGGCCAGCACUACAGAACAAAUUACUACAGUUGAUAACACAACACAACUGAUCACAGUUACCAACUCUACAACACCUGAGGCCAGCACUACAGAACAAAUUACUACAGUUGAUAACACAACACAACUGAUCACAGUUACCAACUCUACAACACCUGAGGCCAGCACUACAGAACAAAUAACUACAGUUGAUAACACAACACAACUGAUCACAGUUACCAUUCCAACAGUACCACUGACUCUCUAUGAGUACAUGAUUGAAAUUGAACUGAACACCACAGACGUUACAGUGAUAGAUCAACUGAGAGCCAUUCUGAGAAAUGCUAUUUACCCUGUCAGAAUCAACAAUCUGACACAAAUCACUGGUGUUAACAUGUCUACAGUUUGCUUCCCAAAUGGUACUGGAUUCCAGUGCAGAUGUGAGGACCAGUAUCGUUGGUCAUGUGACCAGUGUGUCUCUUAUGGGAAUUGUGAUGACAUCACAUCUGAAACGUGUGGAUGUAUCAAUGCCAUUCCUCCAGAUGGACAGUACUGCCAGUCAGUUCACCACCACAACUUCACAGCAUGUCCAACAACAACAGCCUCUCCUACAACAGACUCUACAACACCUGAGGCCAGCACUACAGAACAAAUUACUACAGUUGAUAACACAACACAACUGAUCACAGUUACCAACUCUACAACACCUGAGGCCAGCACUACAGAACAAAUAACUACAGUUGAUAACACAACACAACUGACCACAGUUAUCAACUCUACAACACCUGAGGCCAGCACUACAGAACAAAUAACUACAGUUGAUAACACAACACAACUGAUCACAGUUACCAAUUCUACAACACCUGAGGCCAGCACUACAGAACAAAUAACUACAGUUGAUAACACAACACAACUGAUCACAGUUACCAACUCUACUACACCUGAGAACAGCACUAGAGAACAAAUAACUACAGUUGAUAACACAACACAACUGACCACAGUUACCAACUCUACGACACCUGAGGCCAGCACUACAGAACAAAUGACCAAAGUUACCAACUCUACAACAACUCCACCCACAACAGGACAAAGUACUACAGCUGACCCCACAACACAACAGACCACAGUUACCAGAACUACAGUAACUACUGAACCACCACCAGCAACUACAAAAACGACACCACCAACAACAAUACCACCACCAACAACAAUAACACCACCAACACCACCAACAACAAUACCACCACCAGCAACUACAAAAACGACACCACCAACAACAAUACCACCACCAACAACAAUACCACCACCAACACCACCAACAACAGUACCACCACCAACAACAACAACACCACCACCAACUACAAAACCAGCUGACUCUACAACACCUGAGGCCAGCACUACAGAACAAAUAACUACAGUUGAUAACACAACACAACUGAUCACAGUUACCAACUCUACAACAUCUGAGGCCAGCACUACAGAACAAAUAACUACAGUUGAUAACACAACACAACUGAUCACAGUUACCAACUCUACUACACCUGAGGACAGCACUAGAGAACAAAUAACUACAGUUGAUAACACAACACAACUGACCACAGUUACCAACUCUACGACACCUGAGGCCAGCACUACAGAACAAAUGACCAAAGUUACCAACUCUACAACAACUCCACCCACAACAGGACAAAGUACUACAGCUGACCCCACAACACAACAGACCACAGUUACCAGAACUACAGUAACUACUGAACCACCACCAGCAACUACAGAAACGACACCACCAACAACAAUACCACCACCAACAACAAUAACACCACCAACAACACCAACAACAAUACCACCACCAGCAACUACAAAAACGACACCACCAACAACAAUACCACCACCAACAACAAUACCACCACCAACACCACCAACAACAGUACCACCACCAACAACAACAACACCACCACCAACUACAAAACCAGCUGACUCUACAACACCUGAGGCCAGCACUACAGAACAAAUGACUACAGUUGAUAACACAACACAACUGAUCACAGUUACCAACUCUACUACACCUGAGGACAGCACUAGAGAACAAAUAACUACAGUUGAUAACACAACACAACUGACCACAGUUACCAACUCUACGACACCUGAGGCCAGCACUACAGAACAAAUGACCAAAGUUACCAACUCUACAACAACUCCACCCACAACAGGACAAAGUACUACAGCUGACCCCACAACACAACAGACCACAGUUACCAACUUUACUACACCUGCAGCUACAACAAAUCAGACCACUGCAGUUGACCCCACAACACAACCGACCACAGACACUAGAACUACAGUAACUACUGAACCACCACCAGCAACUACAAAAACGACACCACCAACAACAAUACCACCACCAACAACAAUACCACCACCAACACCACCAACAACAAUACCACCACCAACAACAAUACCACCACCAACACUACCAACAACAGUACCACCACCAACAACAACAACACCACCACCAACUACAAAACCAGCUGAUAUUCUGUUGCUGGCGAUGUCCUUCAAAAUGAAUGAAGAUUUCACCAACGAACUAAAUGAUAAAAAUAGUGUCAAAUACAAAAAGUACAAAGGCGAUAUUGAACCAGUUAUCCAGGAACAGUAUAGGAAGAACAUGCCAGGGUUUAUUUCAGCAGCAUUGACAAGUUUCAGCCGUGGAAGUGUUAUAGCCAACUUUGAUGUUAGGACCACAGCUGCAGACCCCACUGCAAUUAACAAAGCUAAUGCUGGACUUGCAACAUCCCUUCCAGCUGAUUAUCAAGUUGAUAUUAGCUCUUUCAAUAUUAUUUAUAACAGUAGCACAGUAUUAAGUUAUAAACCAACUACCAUUUACACUGAUGGCACCAUGACUCUGGAGUGUGGACCACCUCCUGAUACUGUAAAGAUGGGUACUAUUAAAAGCGUUGAGUGGAAACGAAAGGGAAGAGUUUUAACAUCGACUGGAAGGUUCAACAUCAAUACAGAUGAUUUUGCAUCAAAAAAGACAACACUUGGUAUCAAAAAUGUAAUUGCUGAUGAUAAAGGGGAAUAUGAAUGCACUCUGAAGAGUGACGAAAUCUAUUUCUACCAAAUGGGUCAAAUUGACAUCAAAGAUGCUCCCAUUAUUCAAACGAAGACAGAAAUCAAUACCCACUGUUCGCCGGGGAAUAGUCAGACAUUGGAGUGUUGUGUGCAGAAUCCCUAUAAACUAAUGUGGAAAGAAGGUGAUGUAGACUUGCCCACAAAUGAGACUCCUGACAAUUGCAUUAAAUAUGACUAUCCAAUUCAAAACUGUGAUGUAUCAUCCAAAGUUGUCACAUUAACAUGCCAAGUGAAAGACCCAACAGGAUAUGAAAAGACUACAAAAUUGACUAUUUUCUUAGGAGCUAUAAAUUGCAAAGAUCCGGAAUAUGGUAUUGGCCAAGAGAAAGACACAUCAGUGGCACCAUGUAAGAAAGGUGAGGAUGGAAAAAAGACAGCGAUUUGUAAAAGUGGACAUUGGAAAACUCUGACUGACACUUGUGUCUUGACUGCAAUCAAUGAGCUACUGACCUCAUCUCAGGACUUGAAAGAGGCAACAGUUGAAGAAUUUUUAACAAAACUUAAUAAUACCGCUGUUGAUCUUAAAGAGAAAAUCGUUAGUUCAAGUGCAACUAUUUCGACCAUUGUUGAUAUUCUGAGAAUUGUUGCAAGCGUUUCAAAGAAUAUCAGCCAGUCUGAGAUAAAGAACAUUCUAGAAACAGUGAAUGUCCUAGUUUCUGAUGAAGCAAAAGAAUCCUGGGUCUUUCUCAAUGCCGACCAAAAUAAGAACACCAGCUCUAGUUUACUGGGCUCCAUGGAAUUUUUUGCAGGUUCUCUCCCAACGACGUCCUUUAAUGUGACAACAAAUCUAAUUCAGUUAAACCAAGACACAUUUGACAACUCAUUCAGCACAAACUUAAGUUCAAGUGUGUUAAUAGAGAUUCCAGAGACUAAUUCCAAUCACCUCACCAUCACCACUCUAACGUUCCGCACCCUCAGAAAUGUGUUACCUGCCAGGAAUGGCAGCAACCAAAGUGUCAAUGACAACACCAUCAAUGGUGUUGUAGUGAUGGUGAAGUUGAAUGGAACGACUAAAAAUGUCUCAUUGAGCUUCGACAAGUUGGACAAGUUGCUCACAUUCAAUCCUCAGUGUGUUUUCUGGAACUUCAGCCUUUUUAACAGCCUUGGAGGAUGGGAUGACACAGGAUGUAAACUGAAGUCUAAUGAGAAGGGCAAGGUCACCUGUCACUGUAACCAUCUGACCUCCUUCUCCAUUUUGAUGUCAACUUCCAUUCCGAAAGAGAUUCAAGAUGCUUUGGAUAUAAUCACUUAUGUUGGAGUUGGCAUAUCGAUGGGUAGCUUAGUCAUUUGUCUCAUCAUUGAGGCUUGUGUAUGGAAGGCCAUGACCAGAAACAACACCUCUUACAUGCGCCAUGUCUCCAUUGUGAACAUCGCUGUGUCUCUCCUGAUUGCCGAUAUUUGGUUCAUUAUUGGUGCAUCAAUAUCAAAAAAUACCCUUGAAAACCCAGGCGAAGACACCACAACACCUAUACCGGCAUGUACUGCAGCUACGUUUUUCAUUCACUUUUUCUACCUUGCUCUAUUCUUUUGGAUGCUGAUCUCAGGCCUUCUCCUUUUCUACCGGACCAUCUUGGUUUUCUCCCAUAUGUCAAAAUCAACUAUGCUGGCUAUUGGCUUCUCAGUAGGCUAUGGGGCACCUCUUAUCAUUGCUGUUGUUACUGUGGCAGCAACAGCUCCUAGUGGUGGAUACAUCAAGGAAAACCAGGCAUGUUGGCUCAACUGGGACAAGACAAUGGCUCUCCUUGCUUUUGUGAUCCCUGCCCUGACCAUAGUGGUCAUCAACUUUUUGAUCCUGAUUGUGGUUCUGUACAAAAUGCUGAGGAGAGGGGUGGGGGAUGCUACCCAGCCAGAUGAGAGAAAUGCUGUUGUGGUCAUUGCCAGGUGUCUGGCCAUUCUGACUCCAUUCUUUGGCCUUACCUGGGGACUGGGAGUAGGAACCAUGGUUGAUCCAACAAAUAAGGGAAUCCAUGUUGUAUUUGCCCUCUUCAAUUCACUACAGGGUUUCUUUGUUUUGGUGUUUGGAACACUUUUAGACGGCAAGAUCCGGUCAGCUAUAGUAGGAACGUUCUCUUCCAUCCUCCCAGGCUCUGACCGUACGAGGAGUACCAGUGGUGGCGCGGCAACAUCAUCAACCAGUGCAUUAAACUUCAUCCGAAGAAGGAUAAGGAGGAAUGUCUACAAUGUUUCGGAAGUUGCAAAUUCUUCCAACAGCACUGGUGCUACAGAGUCUUUCAUCAACACCUAAAAGUACCCAAUGGUCAUACUUGAGUUAAAGUAUAGAUACCUUAAUAUGAAGUUACUCAAGUAGAAGUCACCCAGUGAAAAACUAUUUGAGUAAAAUGAUUUGUUUUUAAAUAUACUUAAGUAUCAAAAGUUAAUGUAAUUGAUAAAAAAAUACUUACGUAAGUAUCAAAAGUAAAAGUAUAAAUAAUAAAAAAUUCUUUCUUUUAAGCAAAGCAGAUGGCACCAUUUUAUUGUUUUUAAAAUGUAUGGAUAGCCAAGAAUUAUAGCCUUUGACCUGGACCUGCCAUAAAACAUGGCUUGGUCCAACACACAAUGAAUCUAUUGAUGUGAAGAUUUGUGGACUUUUCUGGAUUAAUGUUGUGAGUUCUACAGUGCCUUGCAAAAUGAUUAAUCCUCAUUGGCAUUUUUCCUAUUUUGUUGCAUUAAAACCUGUAAUUUAAAUAGAUUUUUAUUUGGAUUUCAUGCAAUGGACAUACACAAAAUAAUCAAAAAUUGUGAAAUGAAAUUUAAAAAAUAACUUGUUUAAAAAAAUGCAAAAAAUUAUAACACGGAAAAGUGGUGUGUGCAUAUGUAUUCACCCCUUUGCUGUGAAGUCCCCAAAUAAGAUCUGGUGCAACCAAUUACCUUCAGAAGUCACAUAAUUUGUUAAAUGAAGUCCACCUGUGUGCAAUCUAAGUGUCACAUGAUCUGUCACAUGACCUCAGUAUAUAUACACCUGUUCUGAAUGGUCCCAGAGUCUGCAACACCACUAAGCAAGGGGCACCACCAAGAAAUGCGGCACCGUGAAGACCAAGGAGCUCUCCAAACAGGUCAGGGACAAAGUUGUGGAGAAGUACAAAUCAUGGUUGGGUUAUACAAAAUAUCAGAACCUUUGAACAUCCCACAGAGCACCAUUAAAUCCAUUAUUUAAAAAAUGAAAGAAUAUGGCACCAUAACAAACCUAUCUAGAAGAAAAAGAAAUGCACACCUAUUUAGGCAAGGUGCUGGUUAGCGGAGUAGAAAACUUACAAAUAAAAGAGAGCCGCACACUCUAGGAGCUCAGAUGCAAAAAUGUAAUUACCAAUGUUUCGACAGCCAAGCUGUCUUCAUCAGGGUAUAAUCACAAACACUGCGGGAUGACUCGUUUAUAUAGUGUCAAAAGACACAGGUGUCUGUAAUCAUGGCCAAGAGUGGCCUAAUAUAAUUGGUUAAUUAUCAAAUAUUAAAAUGGCAUACAACGACCAGCAUACAAUCCUGCCAAGAGAGGGCCUCCCAUCAAAACUCACAGACCAGACAAGGAUGGCAUUAAUCAGACAGGCAACAAAGAGACCAAAGAUAAUCCUGAAGGAGCUGCAAAGCUCCACAGCGGAGAUUGGAGUAUCUGUCCAUAGGACCACUUUAAGCCGUACACUCCACAGAGCUGGGCUUUACGGAAGAGUGGCCAGAAAAAAGCCAUUGCUUAAAGAACAAAAUAAGCAAACACGUUUGGUAUUCGCCAAAAGGCAUGUGGGAGACUUCCCAAACAUAUGGAACAAGGUACUCUGGUCAGAUGAGUCUAAAAGUUUGCUUUUUGGCCAUCAAGGAAAAUGUCUGGCGCAAACCCAACACCUCUCAUCAUCCUGAGAACAUCAUCCACACAGUGAAGCAUGGGGUUUUUCAUCAGCAGGGCCUAGGAAACUGGUCAGAAUUGAAGGAAUGAUGGGUGGCGCUAAAUACAGGGAAAUUCUUGAGGGAAACCUGUUUCAGUCUUCCAGAGAUUUGAGACUGGGACGGAGGUUCACCUUCCAGCAGGGCAAUGACCCUAAGCAUACUGCUAAAGCAACACUUGAGUGGUUUAAGGGGAAACAUUGAAAUGUCUUGGAAUGGCCUAGUCAAAGCCCAGACCUCAAUCCAAUUGAGAAUCUGUGGUAUGACUUAAAGAUCGCUGUACACCAGCGGAACCCAACCAACUUGAAGGAGCUGGAGAAGUUUUGCCUUGAAGAAUGGGCAAAAAUCCCAGUGGUUAGAUGUGCCAAGCUUAUAGAGACAUACCCCAAGAGACUUGCAGCUGUAAUUGCUGAAAAAGGUGGCUCUACAAAGUAUUGACCUUGGGGGGAUGAGUAGUUAUGCACACUCAAGUUGUCUUAUUUCUUGUUUGUUUCACAAUAAAAAAUCUUCAAAGUGGUAGGCAUGUUGAGAAAAUCAGAUGACACAAACGGCCAAAAAAAUCUAUUUUCAUUCCAGGUUGUAAGGCAACAAAAUAGGAAAAUGCCCAGGGUGAAUACUUUCGCAAGCCACUGUAUAAGGGUUCUGUCUGAGAGACUUGCCUCUUUUUUGUUGUACACGUUUAUGAGUCUAGACGCUACAGUAAAUGAUGGACAAGCUUGAACCAGCUUCUGAACAAGACAUAGCACUUCAAAUUAUGUAUGGUAUUGAAGUACUUUUUCUUUUUGCGAUUCAGAUUUCCAAAGAAACCGUAGCAAUAUUCAAAUAUAAUAGAUGACCAGACAAUUACAGGAACUAAUGAAGGUCAAUUAGCUGCAUUGGUACAGACAAGUGCUAACUGUAUGACAGAGAAUUCGCCUUUUUUUAAAUACAUUUUUACUUAAUUUUUUACUCCAUACUUUAUAUUAAGCUAGGGUUUUCCAUAUUGUUGCCAUUACCACUUCUGUGUGUUGUAUUAAGACAUGUUAUACAGCUGCUAUUGACAUUAUGUAAUGGGCAUAUUUUAAAUGUGUAUAAUAUAUUGUUAAAGAUGCUUCUACAGUAGAUCAUGUUGGAUACACAAGUAGUAACAAAGAGUUUUGUCUCGUUGAUCCUGUCUCACAGACGGUGUUGCUGCAACUCGAUUAAAAAAGUCUUGGUUCAACCAUCUA